AUGACCAGGAAGCUGAGACUGGAUCACACGCGAUUGACAGGCUACGGCUCGUCAUCGAAGCAGAAUGAACGGGUGAGCUGCACAUUCCUAGUCUGCCCCUUGCAUAUCAACACCACCGCCACGAACUCUGAUUGGGCCACUGUUGACUCGCAGCAAACGAAUGCGGCGUACUAUGUUGAUCGUUUCUUAGCUUGUAAAAGCGGCGUCCUCCAAGUUUUGUUAUGCGUCCCGAUGCGCGUUGGGAACGCCGCGAACGAUCGCCUAUGGAUUCGGACAUCGUGGCACGGCAAGUCAAUCGUGCGUGAAGAUCGACAGGUGCUUCGAUCUUCAUUGCAGCGAUAUAGCCGGUGA